UGUACACGACCGUUAGGCAAUACAAAAUUGAAUUUUGAAUCAUUGAAUUAAAUCUUUCAGCUUUGGAAAAUUGAAAAUGAAAUCCAAUAGUGAAUUGCUUACCUAUAGUUUAUACGAGUCAUUGUGUGAAGAUCCUUCUUAAAACCUGGAGAGGAAUCAAAGAUUCAUUUAAACUUUUACCGAGAGAGGAAAUCUUGGGGUGGUACUAAUAUUUACAAGAUGAAGUUUGAUGAAGUACUGAGGGACAUCGGGGAGUUUGGAAGAUACCAGAAGAGAAUUUAUGCGUUGCUGUGCAUCCCCUGCGUCAGUGUAGGAAGUUUCUGUAUGAUGACCAUAGUCGUAUUGUUCACACCAGCGCAUAGAUGUAAACUACCAAAUUUCAAAAACGACACAUAUGCUAUACAAAAUGCGUACCACGAAUCCCUUGUCAAUGUCACAAUUCCGUUGUCAAGCGACCCGACGAAGGUAUACGAAGAGUGCCAAAUGUAUAGAAUCGAGGGUGGUGCUGAAUUUGGAGGCACGUUAGGAAACCACUCACUAGCAACCUGCACGGAAUGGGUUUAUGACAAAAGCGUAUUUUUCGAGACAUUCACAUCAAAGGCCAACUUGGUUUGCGGAGACUCGUUGAAAACAUCGCAUAUCAUGAUGAUGUAUUACUUCGGCGUGUUCGUAGGAGACCUCAUUCUUGGCCUUCUGUCUGAUAAAUUUGGCAGAAAGAAAACAAUGUACAUUGGCUUGGUGCUUCUAUUGUUAUUAGCCAUUGCCGUGACUUGGGCUCCAGAAUUUUACUCUUUUGCCGUCCUUCAGUUCCUCAUUGGAGCUGUUGCCCAUGGUUCCUUCAUAUGCCUUGCUGUUCUUAGUAUGGAAAUGGUCGGCCCAUCCAAGAGAAUUUGGACCGGUAUGCUUGUGCAAGCAUGGUUUGCAGUGGGUGUAACAUACCUUGCUCUUGUGGCAUACCUGACCAGAAGUUGGCAAUAUAUCAACAUCAGCGUGUUUGCACCAUGUGUUCUCUAUCUUACCUACUGGUGGAUAAUUCCGGAGUCGCCGAGGUGGUUGCUGAGCAAAGGAGAAAAACUUAAGGCGGUGGUUAUAAUAAGAAAGACUGCAAGAAUAAACAAGGCGAAAUACCCGGAGGAGAUUGAGUAUGGUGAUGUAUCCGUUAGUGCUGAUAAGCCCAUACAAGAGGGGACAAUUUGGCACGUGUUUAGAAGUCCUGUCUUACUGAAGAGAUUCCUUAUACUAUCACUUAACUGGGGUGUUGUAAGUAUGACGUACUAUGGCGUCACUAUGAACGCCAGCAACCUCAGCGGUAAUUUCUUCCUGAAUUUCUUCCUAAUGGGCCUUGCUGAAAUCCCAGGCGUUUUUGGAGGAAUGUUGAUCUUGGAUCGAUUGGGUCGGCGAUGGUCGAACGGUGGAUCCAUGAUUCUCGGUGGCAUUGCCUGUCUCGCCACGAUAUUUCCCGUUCUCUUUGGAAACGACAAUUUACACGGCCUAACCACUUUCCUCGCGUUUUUGGGAAAGAUGUCAGCGUCGGCGGCGUUCGCCAUCGUGUACAUGUUUACGGCGGAACUGUUGCCAACGGUGGUCCGGACCGCAUCAAUGGGGGCGUGUUCCUGUUCAGCAAGAAUAGGGGCCAUGCUGGCGCCAUAUAUAGCAAAAUCGGGUGAACUUAUAGGGGGCAGGUUUGGUAGUGUUGAGCCGCUACUUAUAUUUGGAGCUUUGUCCAUUAUUGCUGGACUUCUUAACUUUCUUCUUCCUGAAACAAACAAGCAAAAGCUGCCAGACACCAUAGAGGAGGGAGAAGUAUUUGGCCGGAGAAAUAUUAGCAAAGGCAAUGGAAAGGAGAUGAUCAUUAAAAACCCUGUUGAAAAUACGUGAUAUGUUGAACUAAAACAUGUGACAAAAUUCUUCAAAAACUUACGAAAACAGGUUCGGCUGAGGACAAUGAAGAAAUAGAGCAAGUGCUAUGUCCGUAACUCAGACGUUGACUAAAACUAUCUUUCGGAACACCUCGGGGUUUUUUCCCCGUCGAAAACAACCUCGGACAUCAGUGGAAGUAGUUCGUAAAAUUUUAAAUGAUAAAAUUAAUAAAUUGUGUUGUUUUAACGUGUAUUUUGUAUUACUAAGUUUGAAUUGAUUGCCAAAUGAAGUGCUUUAUUGCAUAAAUAUUUAAGAUUCCGAAGAGUGAAGUCAUUAAGUUCAUCUGCUAAAUUCACAUUACUACGCGAUUUACUUGCAGCGUAGUUAAAUGUAAAAAUUUCUGACACUGUUACCGUUCAUAUACAUCCGAUGUUGUUUUCGAUGAAAAAUGGCAGGGGAAUUCCGAACAGGCCGUCCUACGUUGUUGUGUUCUCAUUCAAACUAUUUUUCAUCGAAAUAUAUUCACUCCCAUCCACACCUUAUAAUCAGAUAUCACGAUAUUCUCGACCAUACAGCCAUUUUUAACCAGGGUUUCAACGAAAACCGGGCUAUUAGAAUAAGGAUGUCGUUUGGCGAGCGGGCUCACGGGCCGUUUCCAUUAGUCACUUGGUUUCCGCCCAAUUACUUUAGUGAGGAUUGAUGUAUAGUGAUGAUAUUUGGUGUGUAUGAAGCUUAUGUGAGAGCUAGCUUAAGAUUGGUUUUGAAGGGAUUGUGUCAAGGUCAAUACAACUGUUACAAAAAAUAGAAAAAUGGUUUCCGCUCAAUAACUUUAGUAAAGAUUGAUGGAUAGUGAUGUAACUUGGUGUGUAUGUAGCUUAUGUAAUAUGUUAGAUUCGAAUUGCUUAUAAAGGGGGUCAAAAACAAGUUCAAGGUAACUAAAAAAAUUAUAACAAAAAAAAUAUGCUUUUCGAGCAAUAACUGAAGAUAGGAUUGGAGAAAAGUGAUGAAACGUGGUGUAUGUAGCUUUUAUGAAGAACAAGCUUGGGAUUGGGUAUGAGGGGUUUGGGGUCAAGGUCACUGUUACUAAAUAUAAACAAACGAGAUCCGUUCAAUAUGUUUAGUUAAGAUUGGUGGCUAAUGAUACAACUUGGUGUAUAGGUCACUUAUGGAAAGAGCUAGCUUGGGAAAAACACACACACAAAUCUUAAUAUGAAUGUUGCAGCGAAACUAAACACAUAAGAUACUUAUCAAGAGUAGUUUUCAGUUAUGUCUCUUGUUGAUAAAAGUAAAGAGAAGGUCUGCUGCUUUUUUCAAACUUAUUCAAGAAAUUAAUUAUCCUUAAUUGCCGACAUGACCAAACUGGUUUCGUCGCAUUGCGGCGCUUCUAGCUUUUUAUUAAGGCGAACAAUAAAUAAGAGUCGCAAAAAACGUGCGUGAUGAAUAUCGAGCGCUCUCUUAAAAUGCCUGUUUAUAAAUUAUACUCGGAAUCAUAUAAUAUCCAAGGUGAUCGGUGUUGAUAGUACUGUUGAUUGGCGGUUCGCGGCAUGCAUGGAUAUUGCACAAGUUUAAGUUGUGUGCCUUGUAUGGAGAAAAAUACCUCACUUGUUAACUUACAUGUAAGAAUAUUGCAGCAAUUUAAAAUGAAAUUGAAAGAGUUACCGAUCCUAUUGAAAGAGUCAGAAACUAAUUUGUUGGUAUGGUAUGGUAUUUCAAGGCGUACACACCCACUGGUUUUCAUGUAUUAAAACUUCUAGAAUAAAAGUUGUACAUCCUAUACUUUUGUAUGGCGCUGAGCUUUGGAGUAACACGACGGAGUCUGAUAACGAUGCCCUUGACAAAUUCCAACACACAGUAGCCAAGCAAAUACGAUGCUUUACUUGGUGGACAAGAUACGGCAUGGCCUAUUCUAAGAUAGGUUUUAUAAAAAAAUGUUGUAAGGUAGAUAUAGGAUGUAAGUAACGUACAGUUUUACUGUCAAACGCAAACGCAAGUAUAAUGAUUAUCGCUAAGGUACUACAUGUGUAUUGUUUAACUGUUACAGUCUCGACUCUGCAAGCGAACUUGUGUAUUGAGCUAUUUCCUUCGAUUUUGUAAAAUGUCAUCUGAAUUCACUUCGCAUGACAUGUACUUCUAAAAACUGAAAUGUCUACAUGAAAACAUGAGUGUUAUUACUGUGGCUGUACGUUCUGUAUCUUAUACAAUCAUUCUUCGUAAUAAGCACUGGGGUCAUACUAAUUAACGUCUUCAGUCUGAGUUUAAAAUUCAAACUCAGAGAAAAGCAAAAUCUUAAUUUUGCUGUAAAAUGUUCCUAUAGCAGCAAAGAUAGUAAACAUUACUGUAUCUUAUGAAUCUUUAUGACAAAUAAUAUUUUCUACAUUCAGGCUCUCAUCUGAUGUAAAAAAAAUUAGCUACAUUAAAGAUAUAUUGAAGCAUUCAGUUUUCUGAGCCGGAGUCUGAAACUCUGACUCUAGACGUUCAUGAACACGCACCCAGGUCCCUGAUGCAGGCUUUUACAAAUGUCAUUGCGCGUUAUUUCCUUUCGAAAAGUCAAUGGCACAUGCCGUGAGCGUGUAUUGUUUUGUUUUGCUUAUAUUAAGUACAAAGGUCGUAUUAGAAUAUUACUCACACAAACAAUAUAUACUAGUGUAAUACUUUGGACUUUGCACUUUGCAAAUGUAUAUUCAUGAUAUAUACUAAAUAUUGAGCAUAUAUACGUUUAUAUUCUAUAUUCUUUAUUUUUCUGUAAUUUCGAUAUCAUAAAGUAAAAUAAUGAUAUUAUCACGUGAUGUUAUCAAUGUAUCCUUAACAGGUCAACGUAUCCACUACUUUUGUUUCGGUUGGACUUGCGGGCUGUUUUCUAUUAUUUUCUUGACUCUACCGGCGUGGGUUCGAACUCCACUAACACUAAUACUUUUUUAUGUUAUAACUGUAUUUGUUCUGCACUUUCGAUAUCACAGAGUAAAAUAAUGAUAAAGUAAGUGCUUUCAGAUGCAUAGCCCGGAAAACUUAUUUUUGGUCCCAAAAUAUGAGCGAGUCACUUUAAGAUAUGAUAAUAUUUCACACGUAAUAAAAACAGUUUUUUAUGUCAUUGUCAUGAGUUAUAAACAGCUUGCGUAUGCAUGCCUCUGCAAAUGACAUUGACUUUUAUCUCGAGUUCGGAAAGCCACUGGCACAUGCAGAAGGUAUGGUUAACAUUUUUCUGUGUUUUGUCUUGUUUUCUCUCGAAAUAAUGCACAAAUCCAUAUAUUGCAUAUAUACUAUUUUACACUCAGUAUGAAAUACAUGUGUCAACAAGAAUCGAUUAUUUUCAUUUCAUUUCAUUUAUUUAUAA